GAAACGCUUGGCGCAACAACAACAACAACAACAAACGCACAGCCCAGCCAGCCAGCGUCAAGCCAACAGCCAAACAUUCACACGCACCCUCCACCCCACCAACACACAUCAUCACCAACGCCUGCAAACACACUCACACCCUCAUCAUCAGAUCAUCUAUCAUUGAUUGACAACCCACCACCUGUGUCCACCCACCUGCUUGAUCCGCUCCCUGUUGCACCAAUCCACCCACGCCUCCCUGUUGCACCAAUCCACCUUUCGCACACGUUGCUCUUUGAAUUGCUUGUCGCCGUUGUCCUAUCUUGUUUUGUUGGCUGGCGAACAUUGAUUGAGCUGGGUUCAUCCGCGUCAUCGUCAUCGGCAUUACUGGGCCUUACUGAAGCGGGCGCACCACAAAGCUCACACGCCGCUGGCAGCAUGAACCGCUACGACAUCUCCAAGACGCUUGGAGAUGGAACCUAUGGCUCUGUGUUGCUUGCCAAGAACAAGCAGACUGGCGAGACGGUCGCCAUCAAGAAGAUGAAGAAGAAAUACUACGCAUGGGAUGAGUGCAUCGCCCUGAAAGAAGUCAAAUCGCUGAAGAAGCUGCACCAUCCAAACAUUGUGCGGUUACGUGAGCUUGUCCGGGAGAACAACACGCUGUACAUGAUCUUCGAGUACAUGGAGUCCAACAUGUACGAUCUUAUGAAGACAAGGAAAAAGGGCUUUCCCGAGCCCGUUGUCCGGAACAUGACAUACCAAGUCUUGCAAGGCCUUGCUUACAUGCACAAGCAAGGCUACUUCCACCGUGACCUGAAGCCGGAAAACCUGCUGUGCAACGGAACAGAGUUGGUGAAGAUUGCUGAUCUUGGGUUGGCGCGCGAGGUACGGUCACGCCCGCCAUAUACGGACUACGUGUCCACACGCUGGUACCGCGCACCCGAGGUGCUCCUGCGAUCGGUCAACUACAACUCGCCCAUUGACAUCUGGGCCAUUGGGACCAUCAUGGCAGAGCUGUACACGCUGCGGCCGCUGCUGCCGGGGAGCAGCGAGGUUGACGAGCUGUUCAAGAUCACGGCCGUGCUGGGCGCACCCACACAGGCAACGUGGCCAGAGGGGCUGAAGAUGGCUGCCAACAUGAACUUCCGCUUCCCGCAGAUGGUUGGCACUCCGCUGCGCACCCUCAUCCCGCAGGCGAGCGCGGAGGGCAUUGACCUGAUGGCCGCGACGAUGAUGUGGAACCCGUCGAAGCGGCCAAACGCGCUGCAGUGCUUGAAGCACGACUACUUCUCGAAGCACCAGCCGUUCCCCGAGGUGCCCGUGAACAAGUACUCUGCACCCCCGCAGAGCAGCAAGAAGAACAAGGCGGCAACGGGGGCUGCAGACGCACGAUCAGCACACACGCGUCCACCACGCAUGCCCGCACCAAAACGCGAGCCAUCUGCCAAGAUGAGGGGAGCGGCAGCAGCAUACAACCCCGCCCCGACACACACGACAGCAAACCAACAGCAACAACAAGCACACCACCAACAACAGCAACAGCAACAAUCGUCGUAUCAGAUGCCUGGUGGCGGUGGCGGUCACAACUACAACCGCGGCAGCAGAGAAACAUCAGCCCGCUAUCGUCACAGCCGCGAAUCAUCUGCAAGAAUACGCGGCGACCCUUGGCGCAGGGACUCUGCGGAGAUGGCACCGCCUGCUGGUGGGCGGCGGCAGUGGGGACGACGUGUGCAGCCCGACGCAUCGCCAUCGUCGUCGUCAUAUCAGCCCUCGCAACCGACACACGGGCGAAGGGCGCAGGGCGCCGUGGCGGGAACCAACGCAGCAGCGGUGCUCACGUCGCUCUCUGGACAGAAGCAGCGUCUCUCCUCCGAUUGGGGCGCAGACUUGAUGGCGUCAGGCAGCAAACAGCGUAAGGACGGCGGUCUUGGCCAGUACACCCGAUACAUGCCCUCUUAUGGCGCAAACGACUCGGCCGUCUCCAGAAGCAGAGACCAGGAUUGGAAGAGCCGCCAUGUCGGCGAUGGUCUGAGCAACGCCGCUGCGCGCCUCAGCAGUCGCGAGCGCUCCUUUGGUCUUGCACGUGGUGGCGGUGGUGGCGGUGGUGACGUUGGUCGUCGCAACUUCCAUCACGCACCGCCCGUGCGCGCACCGCUUGCCAACCCGGCCAUCCGCGCCAACGCAGUCAACAGGCGCACGGACUGGGCAGCCAAGUACGGCAAGUGAGGCACGCGCUCUGCUGGGACAGCAGUGUUUUGGGCUGCAGUCUUGGCCAACGCCUGUGUCUCCGCGAUGCUGCUUCGGUCCCCCUCCCUUCCGUCUCCCUCUCUGUACAUCUCGGCCACUUCACCCCCUCCCCUUUAUGUUUCCUGCUGCUAAUUCGCCCCCCCCCCUUCUUGUUCAAAUGAUGUUACCCCUUGUCUCCCUGUACCCUGGUGGUUGCUGGGAGCGUCGUGGUGCUGAUUUGCUUCUGAUUUGUUUGUGUGAUAACCGCUGCUUUUGUGUGUUGAUGGUUUUGAUUCCUGUUUCACUUGCCCUGUUUUUGUUCUGCUCUCGUGUGGAGGAGGGGCAUGUUAUGCUUCGUCAUCUUCUCUGUUGGGUUGAAGGUUUUAUUCGUGUUGCUGGUCUUGGACAACUAGGUUUGGUUUGCAUGGUGCCGCGUUGUGUGUGUGUGUGUGUGUGUGU